AUGCUUUUCCAUUUUGCUCUCAUUGCUCUCUGGCUCGUCCAGAUCCUCUUCCCCGUCAUCGACCAUGUUAUAUUAGGCAACUUGAUUUCUGGUUUUUAUGCGCCGCCUACAAUGCUGUUACCCAAGCGACCUCCAAUACUUCGUUUGGAUGGUCCUAACUUAUACGAGACUAUGGAGAUUGCUUCACCUCGGUAUAAGCUUAGCUCGGAGGGGCUGUUUGCCGGCAUUCAUUCGUCGGCGACCGCUCCAUUUACCCGACUUGCUGCUCUUGCGGACCUGGAUGUGAGUUUGUCUAUGGACCUGCACGAGUGGUGCAUAGACCAUCCAACCGAGUUUCUGGUCGGACUCGCCUUUCUGCUGAUUCUGGCGAGCUGUACUGGAUUGGCCGUGAUUAACGAUAGCGCUCCCCCUCCCGUGCCUCGCUCACUCCAGCUGGCUAACCUGUGCGAACAUUGUAGCUCCGCCUCUGCCCGCUCUGCCGUCGCCCCCCUCACCCGGAUCGAUGCAAAGACCGGGGCUGUGGGCACAUCCCAGUCGGGCGGCAGACGGGUCGAAGGCAGCACCUUGGAGCUAGCCGUGUCCACAGGUUCGCUCAGUUCGAGUGCUGAUAGUCACGAUGGGAGAGCAACGUCGCAAUCGUCUGUCGAUCCACUGUUUACCCCUCAGCACAGGAGGCGGAUGAUCAGGCUGAUCAAUCGGCUGAAGGAGAUGGAGAGGUCAGGAAACCCCUUGGGACGGCCAUAUGACACUGGCAGCUGGAGCGACCUCUCGGACGCGCAGGCAGGAGCACGGACGCCCGAGUCUGGACCGAAUGACACGCUGUCGACGACAGUGAGCCAGGACGACCUGUACGAGCUGCUUGGAGAUGUACUUGGGGUGCCUGACCCUAGGCUAACAAGCAGCGCGUCCGGGUCGGAGGUCAGGGGCGAUGUGGAGGACGAGGUUGGGGUGGAGGUUGAGGGUGAGGGUGAGGUAGGGGGUUCGGAUGAGAUGAUGCCGCCAGCGACUGGUUCGGAUGCGGGGGCAUCUCUUCCAGUCAGCUUGUCUCCUGCAGUCAGCUCGUCAUCCAGUUCUGGCACUCUACGAUCGUCAUCGUCGAGGAUACGAGUGCUUGGGAUGGAACGGGCGUGGGCGGGGAUCCAUACGCGACCGUUCUCGGGCGUACGCACAUGA